ACGACCGUGUUGUGUUCAAACAUACACAGGACGUACACUCGCCGAUUUGCUGACACAUGAUGCAUUUUUAACGAAGCGUCAAUAACAGUCAAGCGUGAACCGAUGUCUGUGUGGAGUGUCACAACCCCAGAGACAGAAGCAGCACAAGUCUUUCCCGAUAUGUGACAGGGGAUACUGACGAGGUGGAAAGAAAACACCACUCCCGAGAGAUGUCAACCGUUACAUCGCUAUGGGCCAUGUUGCUAGUCGCGUCCCGAGCAGUUGUAACACAAGAUACAGAUUGUCAGGUAAAGAACUGUCUCAUAUGUAGAGACGGAAUAUGCACUGUCUGCGAUCCCGGCCUGUACGGGAGGGAUUGUUCUCUUCAAUGUCCUGCGAACUGUGCGAAACGACUGGUGUGUCCGCACGGCUACUGCAACGGGGGUUGUCGACACGGCUGGUAUGGGUCGAGGUGCAACACCCGGUGUCCAGACAGUUGCCCUGUGUGUAAUGAGCACACUGGCCUUUGUACAAGAACUGACGCACCGCCCACUCAAAAAGUGUGCCCAGCCAACUGUUACUGUGUGCAGGGGUCUUGUAUCCAGUGCAGAACAGGCUUCACGGGAGAUAACUGUCAGCUUCAAGAACCUCCUAAGGACAACAAACCAACGACUGGCUAUGACGUGCUGACGGCGGUUCUCACUGGGGUAGGUCUGCUGCUGGGGGUGACCUUGUUGACACUCUGUGUUGCCUGCUACAUUUGUCAGGCACAGAAGCGAUCGAGACGAGCAAGCGUUGGCGUUGGGGAUGGGGGGAGGUGUUGCCCCAGCAUGCGCGCCAUACACCCUAAGAGAGUCAGCUGAGCAAGAACAGAGAUGUGACAAUUCACCGAACAGAGCAUUAUUUCUGCCAUCUUAUCACGUUGCUGCCGCUCCUCCUUCGUAUGACUCCAUCUUCUGUGAGAUAUCACGUGACACAAGAGAGUCACGGCGUGCAUGCAAGCCACCUUCUUAUGAAGCAAUUCACCAUGUGUGACUUCAAUAUUGAUGCUUGGUAAAGUUACCGGAUUACAGUUUCAAAUUCAACUGAACAUUCGUGCAAUAUGAUAUUGAUAUCUUUUCUUGCACAAAAACUUACAGGCUACUGGCCUAUAGCAGAUUCCGUAUGAAACAAUUGUGUAGAAAAUAUUUUGAGUGGUUAUAUAUGCUGAUUUAUCAUUUAGAAAUCUGCUAAGAAUCUUAAUACAAUGACAUUUACAGGC